UUCUAUACAUUUUCAGAAUUGAGAGUUCAGAGCUCUGGAAAGAAAAUAAAUUAAAAAAAUCAGAAAAAAGAACAUAAGAAUAAAAAAUCCCACAAAUCAACAAGCAGCCAUUUUCAAGUUCAACGUAUUUUAUAUAAUUAAACUUAAUGCUCUCCCUUUUCCUUCCUUUUCCUUCCCCAUUUCCUCGUUAAUGGCGGAUGAACGCAAUUCCUUUUUAUAUUAAUUCCCCGAAACCCCUUUGAAGUUUCCUCUUCAAACCUCCAAAACCCAGUUUUUGAAUCUCUCUAUCUCUCUGUUUUUCUGGGUUUUUCUUUUCCUGUGUUAAAAUGGCUCAGCCGCCAUUGAAGCAGCUUGCCACCAUCUGCACAUCGAAGCCUGCUCCAUUACCGACCUUUCUCUUUGUUGUCAUCAUCUGCGUUUUGGGUUUUUUCACAUUUCAUUUUUCGAGCUUAUCGUCGUUCUCUGCAACUUCGACUCCGAGCAAUUCCGUUCGGUUCCAGCAGCUUCUUCUUUCAUCGGCGUCGAACUACACCGUCGCGUCGUAUCUUCGGUCGCUCACUCUUCAUCCGCAUCUCGCUGGAACGGAACCCUCAUUGGAAACUGUCCAAUACGUCGAGUCUCACUUCCGGGAACUUGGGCUUGAAACGCACUCGAUUCAGUAUGAUGCUCUGCUUUCUUACCCAAAAUCCGCUUCUCUUUCGGCUCGAUUGCCGAAUGGAAGCGUUGUCAAUAUUCCGUUAUCGGAAUAUGUUGAGGGGGUAGUUCAACCCUACCAUGCUUAUUCGCCGUCCGGCACGGCGUACGGCACGGCUGUGUUCGUGAACUACGGCCGGGACGAGGACUACAGGGCGCUAGCGAAGAUCGGCGUCGCCGUCGACGGAUGCAUUGCGGUGGCGAGGAAAGGGGAAUUUCCGAGGGGCGUGGUGGUGGCGAAGGCGGAGGCUAAUGGGGCAAAAGGGGUUCUAUUGUACACCGAGGGCGACGGAUUUAGACAGGGCUUUGAGAGAGGGACGGUGAUGAGAGGAAUUGGGGACCCACUCAGCCCUGGUUGGGCAGCCAUUGAUGGAGCUGAGAGGUUGAGUUUGAACGACAGUGAAGUUUUGAAAAGGUUCCCAAAAAUUCCUUCUAUGCCUUUGUCGGCUGAGGCUGCUGAGAUCAUUCUGAGUUCACUCGACUCUGCUUCCGUACCGCCGGAGUGGCGGGACAUGAAAGGCAAGCUUGGGUCGGCGGCGGUGGGGCCUGGUGGUCCGACAUUUAUCAACUUCACUUACCAGGGGGAGAGGAAAGUGGCAACAAUUCGUAAUGUCAUAGCUGUCAUAAAGGGGUUAGAAGAGCCUGAUCGCUUUGUGCUUAUGGGUAAUCAUAGAGAUGCAUGGAGUUUUGGUGCUGUUGACCCGAACAGUGGAACUGCUGCCUUACUUGACAUUGCACGUCGUUUUGCUCUUUUGAGAAGGUUGGGGUGGAACCCUCGAAGGACAAUUCUUCUUUGUAGUUGGGAUGCUGAAGAAUUUGGUAUGAUAGGAUCUACCGAGUGGGUUGAGCAAAACAUUGUGAACCUUGGAACCAAAGCUGUGGCCUACCUUAAUGUAGAUUGUGCAGUUCAGGGACCGGGGUUCUUUUCUGGUGCAACUCCUCAGCUAGAUGAUCUCCUCCAUGAGGUUACUGCUCAGGUCCAGGAUCCUGAUGUGAAAGGUGCAACUGUGUAUGACACAUGGACAGCCAAAAAUGGAAUUGGGAAUAUUGAAAGACUUGGUGCUCUGAAUUCUGAUUUUGCUGCAUUUGUGCAACAUGCAGGAGUUCCGUCAGUUGAUGUGUAUUAUGGAAGAGAUUUUCCUGUCUAUCAUACUGCCUUUGACACCUAUGAUUGGAUGGCAAAUUAUGGAGACCCAUUGUUUCAACGGCAUGUGACUGUUGGCAGCAUAUGGGGACUGCUAGCCCUUCGGCUUUCUGACGACUUAAUUCUCCCUUUCAGUUAUGUCUCCUAUGCGAAUCAGUUACAGGCAUACCAAGAUACACUGAACGAUGUUUUAGAUGGGAGCGUAUCGUUGCACACCUUAUCAACAUCCAUCCAAGAACUCAAAUCUGCUGCCCAAGAAAUUGAGAAUGAAGCAAAGAGAUUGAGAGAGCAAGAAAUUUUUAGUGAUGUGGCAUUGUUUCAAAAGCGAGCAUUAAAUGAUCGUUUGAUGCUUGCCGAAAGAGGCUUCCUAGAUGUAGAUGGGCUUCGCGGUCGUCCAUGGUUCAAGCAUCUUGUUUACGGGCCUCCGAGCGACUACGAAAGUGCACUGGUUUACUUUCCCAGUAUUGCAGAUGCAGUCUCCGAAUCCAAGAAAAUGAACAAAAGGGAAAUGGAGGAAGUAAUUCAGCAUGAGAUUUGGAGAGUGGCUAGAGCCAUUAGAAGGGCUGCUUUAGCACUUAAAGGUGAACUCUCAUGAAAAACAGAAACACCUAAAGUUUUACAGUAUCUAGAAAUUUACAGAUGGGGAAUGAGAAACGAUAUCAAGUGUCGAUCACUCGCCGUUGUAAGUUGUUUCUGAUCACUCGGUUUCUUGUUGUAUCGCGUGAGACCACCCUUAUAUAGUAAAUACUUGUGCAAGGAAGGAAGAACAUGUAACUACAUCUAAGGAAAGUUAUUUUUCAUGUCUUUUUGUGAAGUGGCUAUAUAUUGGUCUGUUUGUUCAAAAGUAGGCUUUAUUUUAGAAAACUUUUGUCUUAGGAGGGAGAGUUUCAGCUCAACUGAUUGGGUUAUCUUGUAUUAGCCCUGGGGCUCUUUUGUGAAGAUAAAUUACAAAUUAUGAGGUAGAUACCUUACAA